UUGGAUGCGGACCAAUCACAGCGGCUCCAGCAGGAGGAGCUGGCGGCUCUGUUCAGCAGCGCACCACAAAGUUACGGAGCAUCCCUGACUCCAGCUCUGCCUCCCUCCCUCCAUCCCUCCCCCCCACUCACCACCACCACCACCACCUCUUUUUAUUUUUUUGCCUCCUCUCCUUGUCUUGACAUCGCUCACACCUGCAGCAGCCUUCCUCCCGUCUGCAGCCUCACGUCCUCUCCACCCCAGAGUGUGUUUUCUCGACGCGUCGGAAAGAUGCUGGCUUGCACAGAGAUGAUCACCAUGUGUCUGCAGUCGGCCAAACAGAAGCACUUUCGGGCUCAGCAGCAGCAGCAGCAGCAGCUGCUGAACAGCACUGGACAGGGGCUGACUAUCUUUCAUGAUGUCUGUAUUUUCUUUGUUUCAGAUGAUGGCAAGUUGUCAUUUGAUGAAUUCAAUACUUACUUUGCUGAUGGAAUUCUGACCACAGAGGAACUACAAGAGCUUUUUUUCUCCAUAGAUGGCCGACAAAAUAACAAUCUGGACACUGACAAGCUAUCAGAUUAUUUUUCUCAGCACCUCGGGGAAUAUCUGAAUGUUCUUUCAGCCCUGGAGACCCUGAAUGUCGCCAUUUUAAAGGCAAUGGAUAAAACUAAACAGGAGUACCAAGGUUCCAGUGUGUUGGGCCAGUUUGUCACCAGGUUCAUGCUCAGGGAGACUUCCAGUCAGCUGCUGUCUCUACAGAGUUCCCUGCAGUGUGCCAUGGAGGCUGUGGAAGAGCAGAGCAGCCCAGCCCCUAGGGAGGUAAAGGCACCAGAGCUGACAGCAGUGCAGAGAAAUGGCAGGCGGUGCGGUCGCAAGGUUCAGAACAACCAGUGCAUACCCUCAUCAGAUCCCUGCUCUGGAACCCUGACCGUGGUGCCAGUGUCAGGUGGCAGCGUGGAAGACGGGGAGAACUGGUGCUCUCAGAUCAACAGGCUGCAACAACUUUUGGAUAAACUGGAGUGUCAGGGUCCCAAGUUGGAACCAGUCAAGGAGGACACACUAGCCAGCACGUACAAAUCUAACAUCCUGCUGGUUCAGAGGCAGAUGUCUGUGGUUGAUGAGGAUCUGGAUAACUUCCGGAAAGUUCUGAAAAGCUACAUCGAUGCCACCUCAGCCCACCCUGACAACCUGAAUGUGUCUGUUCAGAAGCUCUCCGGAAAGUCCUGUUACAUAAUGUAUGAGUUCUGGCAAGACCGCCUCUCCUGGAUGAGCUAUCUUCAGUCUAACAACUGCAAAGAUUUCCAGCGCUGCAUCAUUGACAUGUUGGAGGAUACUGAAGCAGUUUCCACUAUGUUGCUCCCAGCUUCUUGGUGGAUUAUGACUAAAGACUGAAUCCAGAAUGUCCCGUCCACUGCCUACGCCAUAACACAGACAACGCACCUAAAAACACGCACUCCAACAUGCAGACGAUGACACACGCAAACAUGCACAAGCACACGCGCACACACAAACACACGCACGCACACGGAGAAUUUGAGUCCACACGUUUAAAAGCAAAGGGGGGAGAGGGAAGUGUCAUCCUACAGUCUCCAGCUGCAUCCUCUGAUGUUUCGCUCUUCGGCUGGUCGUUAUUGUGCUGCUCAUAUCAAAGGCAUAGUUGCAUCCUGUAGCCUGCCUGUAGACUCCAAUGUAACUGAUUCUUUGCAGUAAACUUUCCAAUCCUUGUCUCUCACUUGUGGUACGGCUGCCUUUUUCUCUUCGAGCGUCUGUCUGAUAUUAAGCCAAACAGAACCGACCAAAAAACACACUAUUUUAGGCUAUUAGAGCAGCCCGUUUUGGAUUGAAAAUAUAAUGCUGGUAGCGCUUUGUGUUUAUAAUGAGCUGUUUACUGUUGAAUAAGAAUAAUUAUGUUGAAAAAUCACCCGCGACCCCGUUGGGAAUAGGCGGUAUAGAAGAUGGAUCAAAUGAAAUAUGGGAUGGAGAGGUAGAGGGUUCCUGCAUCCUGAACAUGCAUGUUGAUGUGGACACAUCCCUGCUGUACAUGCUGUAUGAUACUGUAGCUCUGUUUUCUUUCAUUUAGCUCUCCUGCUGUCAUGUGCACAAUAUGCCAAAAAAGGUUCCACCUUCAAUGUCAUCUAUCUAUUGUUACCAGUGGUCAGUUGUAAGUUACACCACCUCGGUUGUCGGUGGGAGACACCCUCUGUGUCUCAGAUGUAGAAUUAUAUUUUGAAACAUGCAAAUGUAAGAGAGUUAUUCCUUCAAUGCGAUUUAAAUGCAUCUCUAUUGAAAAAAACAAAACAUGUAUUUAAGUUAUUUUCAUCAUGUUGGAGUUUAUUCCAUCUGUACAUAUAGAACUCACAGACUGUAUAUUUAUGUAUUUAUGUUGUGUUUGAUUUCCAAUUUGUUCUACCAGAUGAGUGAAAAGCAACUUUAAUAAAAUUAUCAAAGAGGCUUGUUUGACGGUUGUAUUUUUCUUUUCGUUUGAUAGAAAAACGCCUUAAGAUGUGAAAAAUUGGAAGGAUUGGGCCUGUUUCUGUCAUUC